AUGUCUCCAAGCGCAACCGCAGACUCACAAGCCAACAAUGGCGCUGCCUCAACAACACUCCCUGCCGCUGCCCCGCCCUCUUCAACAACCCCAGAGUUUCUCAACACCCAGCCCGGCCCAGACCAUGACUGGAAGGUGUCGUUGAGGAACAAGGUUGUCGCCAUCACCGGUGCCAACAGAGGAAUUGGCCUCGGCAUCGCUGAAGUCUGCUUAGCCAACGAUGCCAAAGUGGUCUACUCUCUGGAUCUUUUCGAGCCUGGCGAGGAGUUCCAGGCCGUCCAGAAGGCAACCCCCAAGCGCAUCCAAUAUCUCCACUGCGACGUCACCUCAGAAGAGAGCGUCACAUCCGCAAUCGAUGCCAUCAUCGCCAAAGAGGGCGCAAUUCACGGUCUGGUCGCGAACGCUGGCAUGACAAAACAUCAGCCGGCGCUCGACUUCAGCCGCGCGCAGCUCGAGCAGCUGUUCAAUCUCAACGUCUUCGGGGCUUACUUCUGCGCGACCACUGUUGCCAAGCGCUUCAUCGAGCUCGGGAUCAAGGGUUCCAUCGUCUUCACCGCGUCCAUGACCUCGUAUCGCCCUAACCGCGCGGCGCCGUCAGCGCCGUAUGGUGCGACCAAGGGUGCUGUCAGGAACAUGACCCACACACUCGCCAUGGAGUGGGCGAAGCACGGUAUCCGGGUCAACUCGAUUUCUCCUGGUUUCGUCAAGACUGCGAUGACCUAUUUUGUCGACCAGGCCCCUGAUUGGAAUCUGAAGAUGCAGUAUUACGGGGGCAUGCCCCGGUUAGCCGACCCGAAGGAGCUUGGUGGUGCGUAUGUGUAUUUGCUGUCGAAUGGAGCCUCAUACACAACAGGCAUUGACAUUCCUGUGGCUGGAAUUGUUGGAGCUUGGUAG